CAUUUGUCAUCUUCAUCUCUCUCUCUGCCAUCUGACCUGUGUGAGUUGCAGUAUUCAAACAACUCAUCCCAUCUCUUUUGUCCGCCUCUCGGAUUCCGAAGAGCUACGAUUAGGGUUUCUGGGUUUCGAAACCGUUACUUGGGUUCGAUUCGGCGGAUUUUGGAUUCUUUCUCUCCUGGGGAAGUCUAACCCCUCACCCACCGGAAUAGCUGAUAUCGAGGAGGAGAAUGGCGGAUUCGGGUCUGAUGAUGCCGGCGGAGAUUGCUGGAUUUUUAACGACGGCGUUUACGAGCUGGUGGGAUGAUGUUAACGAGUCAACUCAGUGGCAAGAUGGGAUCUUUUUCGCUCUCUGUGGUGCUUAUGCUCUUGUUUCCGCCGUUGCUCUUGUUCAACUGAUAAGGAUCCAGAUGAGAGUGCCUGAAUAUGGUUGGACCACUCAGAAGGUGUUUCAUCUUAUGAACUUUGUCGUCAAUGGAGUUCGUGCGGUUCUCUUUGGAUUUCACAUGCAAGUGUUUCUUGUGCAUCCCAAGGCUCUUUGCUGGAUACUAUUGGAUCUUCCAGGCCUCCUCUUUUUCUCGGCGUACACUCUGCUUGUGCUGUUCUGGGCAGAGAUAUAUCACCAGGCCAGAAGCUUACCAACAGAUAAGCUGCGGAUAACCUAUAUUUCAGUCAAUGUGGCUGUAUAUUUGGCUCAGAUUGGUAUCUGGGCAUACAUCUGGGUAAAUGAUAACAGCACUGUGGAGAUAGUUGGAAAGAUAUUUAUCGCAGUUGUGUCUUUCAUCGCGGCAUUAGGCUUCUUGCUGUACGGAGGAAGAUUGUUCUUCAUGCUAAGAAGGUUCCCUAUCGAGUCAAAAGGAAGAAGGAAGAAACUCCAUGAGGUUGGGUCUGUGACAGCCAUAUGCUUCACCUGCUUCCUCAUAAGAUGUAUUGUGGUGGCUGUAUCAGCUUUUGACAAGGAUUUAACCCUUGAUGUUCUUGAUCAUCCAGUUCUGAACUUAAUCUACUAUAUGGUGGUCGAGGUACUUCCAUCGGCACUAGUACUCUUCAUUCUCCGAAAGCUACCUCCAAAGAGACCAUCAGAUCAGUACCAUCCAAUCCAGUAACCAUCACGCGGUGAUUCUGAUGAUGUUUAAGAGAAGAAAAGAUUAAAAAAAUUGGGGCAAAAAAUCUAAGGGGGUGAAGAAGAAAUCUGAGUGGAAUCUGCGUGAGUUUUUGGAAUGCACGAUCAUAUGAUUUUACAGCUUUAGUUGUAGCCCUCCCGCCUUGACUUUUCUUUGGUAGUUUUAUUGUUGUUAUGUCUGUUUUAAAUUAUAUAUGCUCCUCUGCUACUUUGGAAAAUCUGGUCUCAGUGCAAACAAAGAUGUUUAAACAUUUGUUGAGCGAUGUUAAUGUUAUGUUGGGUGAAAAAUAAACAAAUGUUUUUAUAUACUU